CCUAACGGCCAGCCCGGCAUUACGCGGUGGGCUCUUGCGUGGCCCGCUGCCCCUGAAGUUGGCGCGUUUCGCGCACCCCCUAUAAGUCAACAACAACAGCGGCACGGGGGGGCGGAGGUAUUCCGUAACUAGUUCAAUAAUGACAAUAAGGAGACGAAGAAGAAGAGUCAACUCGAGCAUGGACAGCGCUAACUUGACGACACACCAGGCUUGGUUGGUUCAUUCCUCCUCAAACACGUCCACUCUGAGCGAGAGUCCUUCUGGGUAUGGCCGGCUCUGUCCAUUCGCACACGAUUGCUCGUGCCGCGAACAAGGGACGACAUUGCAAUGCUGCCAGAGCGGUCGGCGGGCGCGGAUUGCAUAUCCUCGCCAAACCCGAAUCACAUCACGACGACGGCAGCACCUGGCCUGGGUCAGGCCAAAGAGCCUAAGCAAAGUCGCACGGGGACCUCCAUAGAAGCUGCAGAGUUUCAUUGCUUCCAGACCGAAGCUCCACACACAGGAGGGACGAAUGCAUGCACGCACAAGCACUCGCGUGUGGGGCACAGAGCAGAGGCAGAAUUGACGCACGCGGCUCGGUUCAGUGCGCCCGCGAGGUACCAGGCGGUGACGGUGGUGGUGG